AAACAACAGCUGAAGAGUUCCUUUGAACAGAUUCGCAGCAACAAUGUCGUCAAAUUGGAUUCUGCUGCUAGGCAUGCUAAUUCUAUUGACAGGGGGUUCGCAGGGUGCCUCGAAGCGAUUCUUUACCGACUUCCUGCAGGACCUACCCACACCCGGCACAGGGGGACCCACAUUUGAUACAAACAUUGCCACCAACGUAACCGGUCUCGUGGGAAAAACAAUCAAGUUGACCUGUCGCGUCAAAAAUCUCGGAAAUCGCACGGUCUCUUGGGUGCGCCAUCGAGAUAUACAUCUUCUGACUGUGGGUCGCUAUACGUAUACAUCAGAUCAGCGUUUUGAGGCAAUGCACUCGCCUCAUGCCGAGGAUUGGACACUGCGCAUCCGUUAUGCUCAGCGCAAGGAUUCGGGUAUUUAUGAGUGUCAGAUCUCUACGACUCCGCCAAUUGGUCACCCUGUCUACUUGAAUAUUGUGGAGCCCAUCACUGACAUCAUUGGCGGUCCUGAGCUGCACAUCAAUAUGGGAUCCACCAUCAAUUUGACUUGUACUGUUAAAUUUGCACCGGAACCACCACCAGCCGUCGUCUGGUCGCACAAUCGAGAGCUCAUAAAUUUCGAUUCACCUCGCGGCGGCAUAUCAUUAGUCACUGAGAAAGGUGUGCUGACCAGCAGUCGGCUCCUGGUACAAAAGGCCAUCCAACAGGACUCCGGACUCUAUACAUGUUCACCAUCCAAUGCCAACCCGACGUCGGUGCGCGUGCACAUCGUCGAUGGCGAGCAUCCAGCAGCUAUGCAUCAUGGCAGCUCCGGUUCUCUGGAGCCACCGGAACUGCUGCUAUUGCUGCUGCUCUCGUGCGGAUUACUGCUCUUUCUGGAGUUGAACGGGAAUGGGUCCGGGUCCGGGACCGAGUCGUACAUCUCUCGUCUCCCGUCCACCGACCAUUCCUCACCCACUACUACCACCACCACAGCUAAUAUGACAACAACAACAACAGCAACAAUAACAACUGAACUCGAGCAACGAAACAAGACCAGCACCAGCAACAAAACUAAUGCCAAUGCCAACGACAUCUUCGCCGUCAUCGCCAUUGCCAACGUUAUCGCUCCGGUUAGCUGCGCUGAGUUGCAGCUAUCUGGAAAUCAGUUGGAGUACGGCAUGUUGCCGUCGGCGACAUAGCUGACAGGCGCUGGCACAGCUGCCACAGUUGCAGUCUAAAAAUGCAGAGACCCCAUGGGAAGGACUUUCUAAGAAGCUAAGGACCUAAGUUUGUAUUUUGUUAUUUCGACUUUAAGAUAUGUUUAUGAUUCGAACCUAAUACUAUACUAGUGUAUCGUUGGUUAAUCUCGUUAUCACUAAAUUAAGAGGCCGGUUUGCAUCAGGCGAAAAACACUGAAACGCAGACACUUUUAUCAAUUUUCUAAAAAUACUAUUAUCAAAUAACAGGAAUUAAAAAAAUAAAAAUAAAAAGUAGUGAAAAUGUUGCUUUGUGGCAAUGACGCAAGUAAAGCCAACUACACUGAAAUCCACACAGACCCACACCCAAAACAUACCCAAUCACACACACACACACAGGCACACCCACACAUGAAUACACACAAAUUGUCAGCUUACAUAAGGGCUACUAAAUGUAAUUUUACUAUUUGCCAUAACUUUAAAUAAUUGUCUAAAGUAAUUUGUGUUAGUUAGUGUUUGUUUAUUCGUCUUGUCUACUUUGAACUCUCAACAGGUAACGUACGAUAAGCAAGCAACUAGCAACACACACCUACACACACUCUCACACACACACACACACACACUUACACAC